UUGAAGACUCCGCCCAAUAUGUUUUGAAUAGAGCAUCCACAUCGCAUCGCAUCGUCCUCUCUAUCAUGCGUCUUUGUGUUUGUGUUUGCAUUUAUUAACGCUGACCCAUCUCUCUAUUCCACCUUCUCUCCACUCAACUCAACUCAACUCAAAUCACAAAUCACCUCUUGUAAUAACAAUAACAACAAUGGCGGUUCAAGCUCAUUCUUCUUCAAAUAUUCUCCUUCUCAACAGAACCUCCUUAGGCAAACACCAUACCCGAAAUAACUAUUCCUUGCCACCACAACCAGGUGGUAAUUUUCUUCAUCAUCAAAUGUUCAACAACUAUCCAGUUGUGAAUCAAGGAAAACGAAGAAGAGAAGAUGAUAAUAUGAAUCAAUUCAUGUCAAGUCUUCAUCAACAAUCUUAUAGUAAUCAACUCAUGGAUGUCUCUCAGAUUCAUUCGAGAAACGUCGACGUUUCUACCGGUCUCCGGUUGGCUUUCAAUGACCAUCAACAACACCACCACUCUUUCGAUCCUCAAUCCUCCGGUUUCGUAUCACCGUCAGAUUUUUCCAACCUAAUCAACCAACAAGGAGACGAAAUCGAGCAUUAUCUCCAAGCGCAGGGAGAGGAAUUAAGGCGUAAGUUAGCAGAAAAGCGGCAACGGCACUAUCAUGCGCUAAUCGGAGUAGUGAAAGAGUCAGCGACACGAAUAAUAAGAGAAAAAGAAGCCGUGGCGGAGCGAGCGGCUCGGCGCAACGCCGAGCUGGAGGCUCGAGCCACACAACUAAGCGCAGAAGCGCAGGUAUGGGAGGCGAAAGCGAGAGCACAAGAGGCGGUUGCGACGGCUUUGCAGGCGGAGCUGCAGCAGGCGGUGGUGGCCGGAACUUGUGUGUCUCAGGUGGAAGAGGUGGCGGCGGCUGACGCCGAGUCGUCAUACAUUGACCCGGAACGAGUGGUGGUGGUGAGUGGACCCGGUUGUAAAGCGUGUGGAAAACGAGUCGCCUCAGUGGUGCUGUUGCCGUGUCGGCAUCUGUGUGUUUGUAGUGAGUGUGACGACGUCGUUCAGGCGUGCCCGUUAUGCCUUUCGUUGAGAAGUUCAAGCAUUGAAGUUUACAUGUCAUAAAAGGGGCCCCACGAAUCCAGAUUCUGACCAAGGGUAAAAUUGGAAUUUGGUAAAGAUAAAUUUGGAAAAAAUAAAAAAAGUUUCCAAAAUGUGAGGAGAGAUUAUAUUAUAUAUAUUAAGAAUAAUAAUUAAAUUUCCUCUUUUAUAUUUUUUUACCAAAAUUUUUUAUUUUGUUAUUUUGCAAUUUACUCUUUAACCCACCCACCAAACACAUUGUUUUUUUCUUUAUUUGUUAUUGGUGUCUUAGACGUAAUGUACUAUGUACAUAGCCAUAAUAAAUGUGGCAUUUUCUUUUCA